AUGUCAGCCCUUGGUGACCAGUUAGGUCUUCAACUUCUCCAUGCCGCCAAGCUGGUUGAGGAACAAAUUGACCAAGAGAUGAGCAGAAUGGAGAAUUUGGAUGAAGAUGAUUUGGAAGCAAUCCGCAGACGUAGAAUGGAGCAAUUGAAACAAGCUCAAAAGGAUAAGAAUGAAAUGCUCGUGAUCGGACAUGGAAAGUAUGAAGAACUUGCUGAUGAGAAAGAAUUCUUCAAAGCCACUGAUAAGAGCGCUAAUCUUGUUGCUUUGUUUUAUAUUCCUGGAAACAUGAGAUGCAAGAUUGUUGACAAGCAUUUUGAGAAGUUGUGUGUGAAACAUACAGGGACUCGAUUCGUCAAAUGUAAUGCUGAGAAGUUCCAUUUCUUGACUCAGAGACUCAACAUCCGAGUUAUCCCCACUAUUGCCAUUGUGAAAGAUAAACAAACUAUCGAUUACAUUCGUGGUUUUGAUGAUAUGGGAGGGAUUGACGAGUUCAAAACUGAAGCCCUAGAAAACCGAUUGGCCAAGUCCGGCAUCAUAACUGUUGAGAAGAAGAAAGUUGAUCCACGAAAGAAAAAGACUAUUAGAUCUUGUGAUCUCGAAUAUGAUAAUGAAGAAGAUUGGUGA